CCAACAUUCACACACACACACACACACAGAGCACACCAACAAAGGACCAACCAACCAACCAAUCGUUCUUUCUCGCCCGCUCGCUCGCCUGCCUGCCUUGCGACCACCGAUCAGACGUCAGCAGCAGCAGCAUCAACACCUCCGCCUGUGUUUCUUUGAGGGCUGAACCUUCUUUUUGGAGACGCCUCUGCGAGCAAGGCAACAGGAACCAACACCAACACCAGCAACACCAACAACAGAGCACACCAUGUCUUCGGAGAUCACCAAGAAGGGCAUCGAGGUGGCCAAGAAGGCCAUCGAGCUUGACAGGAGUCAGGAGUACGAGCAGGCAUUGGCGCUGUACAAGUCAGCCAGCGAGUACCUGCUCAAGGGCAUGCAAUAUGAAUCGUCGCAGGUGAAGCAGAUCAUCGGCAAGAAGUGCAGCGAGUACUUGGAACGCGCGGAAAAGAUCGAUUCCAUGUUGAAGGAUGGCACGACAAAGAAAGCGGUUGCCUCUGGUGGGGAAGGGACUGGAGAGGACGACGACGACGAUGCAGACGCCUCGGGCCUGAACCCGGAACGCAAGCAGCUGCGCCAGGCGCUGGAGAGCGCGGUGGUCAUUGAGAAGCCCAACAUUGCAUGGAAGGAUGUGGCGGGCCUUGACUCUGCCAAGGAGGCCCUGCAAGAGGCUGUCAUCCUGCCCAUGCGGCUGCCACAGAUGUUCAAGGGCAAGCGCGAACCGUGGCGCGGUAUCCUCCUCUACGGGCCCCCAGGCACAGGUAAAUCGUACCUUGCAAAGGCCGUUGCAUCGGAAGCCAACAACUCCACAUUCAUCUCCGUCUCCUCCUCAGACCUCGUCUCCAAGUGGCAGGGCCAGUCCGAACGACUUGUGAAGGAGCUGUUUGAGAUGGCGCGAGAGAAGUCGCCGUGCAUUGUGUUUGUGGACGAGAUUGACUCGCUCUGCUCCGCCCGCUCAGACAAUGAGAGCGAGAGCUCCCGCCGCAUCAAGACAGAAUUCCUCGUCCAGAUGCAAGGUGUGGGCAGCCAGAACGACGGCAUCCUGGUUGUUGGCGCGACGAACAUUCCCUGGCAGCUUGACUCUGCCAUCCGCCGCCGCUUUGAGAAGCGCAUCUACAUUGCGCUGCCGGACACGGAGGCCCGAUGCAAGAUGUUUGAGCUGCACAUCAAGGGCGUUCGCAACACCCUCCAGCCACACGACUACAACACCCUCGCCCACAAAUCUGAAGGGUACUCGGGGUCUGACAUCUGCAAUGUGGUUCGCGAGGCAAUUAUGAUGCCCGUGCGGAAGGUGCAACACGCCCAGGCGUUCAAGAAGUGUGACGAGAACGGGUAUCCGACGCCCUCUGGAGCGUUCUGGACGCCGUGCUCCCCCAGCGACCGCGACCCAACAAAGCAGUUUAUGUCGUGGCAGGAUAUGCCCGCAGAGGCAAUUGUCGAGCCCCCGGUCGACAUGCGAGACAUGGUGCAAGCGCUUGAGCGAACAAAACGCAGCGUGGACCCGAAGGACCUUGGCAAGAUUGAGGAGUUUACACGCAGCUUUGGACAAGACAUCUAGUCGAUACGCGGGUGAUCAGCCAACACAACCAUCGCUUUCUACAAGCUGUGUGCAAGGAGAGAGUGAGAGUCGUGUCUCGGGGCAACAGCCACACCACACACCUGUGUAUUGAGGUUUGUUUUUGACUUGCCUGUUUGCCUGCGUACAAGUGUUGUGUGUGUGUGUGUGCUUUCGUUUCCCGGCCCUCCUUUCCGUCGUCAUCGCUGCUGUUGGUGUAGUCGUCGUCACAACAUUUCUCGUUGUAUGUAUGUAUGUUUGUAUGUGUGCACGUGUGCUGGGUGAACUCAGCAUGUCCCUUUGCGUCUUGUGUUUGUGUUUGUGGGAAUGAUGGUGGUGGUGGUGUGAAGGCUCCCCGCUCCUUGUCCCCGCUCUCCUCUCCUUUGCCGCCUUUCUUGUUGCUUGCUUCUUAUCUUUGCUCGUCUUGCCCUCGCCCUGCCUGUAUCCUUGCUGUGCUGUGCUGCUGGCAUCAUCUGCUCUUGCUUGCUUCUUGCCAGCUGUGAAAAUACAAGCACACAAAGCCAAAG